AUGAAAACCGUUGAUUUUACACAAGAAGAAUUAGCCUCAAUACAUAAAGCUUAUGAAGAGCUUGAACAGGUUUAUAUAAGUUCACCACAUAGUAAGAAGGUAGAACGCAUACGCUCUGCCUUUGAGUUUGCCCUUAAAGCCCACGGCAAGGUUAGACGCAAAAGUGGAGAGCCAUACAUUCAUCACCCUAUAGCAGUGGCUCGUAUCGUCUGCGAAGAAAUGGGGCUAGGCUCAACCUCUAUCUGUAGUGCCCUAUUGCACGACGUUGUGGAGGACACGGACUAUACGGUGGAAGAUAUUGCGAAGCUUUUUGAUGAUAAAAUAGCCGAAAUCGUAGAUGGACUAACUAAAAUCAAAGGAGAAAAGCUUAUUGGCUACGAGAAAUCUCUUCAGGCAGAGAACUUCCGAAAGCUGAUCUUUACGAUGAACGAUGACCCACGUGUCGUCCUAAUUAAAAUAGCAGACCGCCUGCACAAUAUGAGGACAUUAGGCUCUAUGAGAGCCGACAAGCAGAAAAAGAUUGCAGGAGAAACCUUGGAGUUUUUUGCUCCUUUAGCCCAUAGACUAGGGCUAUAUGCGAUCAAAUCGGAGCUUGAGAAACUUAGUUUCCGUUACGAUCAGCCUGAGCGUUAUCAGGAACUCAGCGACAGACUAGUCAAAUACAAAGAUGGCGUUGAUGAGUUUUUUGAAUCCUUCAUUGCUCCGAUCAAGAAAAGACUUGAUAGAGCUAAGAUCAAAUAUGAGAUUAAGUAUCGCAUCAAAAAUGUAUAUUCUAUCGCACAGAAGAUGAGGCGUAAGGGUUUGACCUUUGAGGAAAUGUCAGACAUCUUUGCUAUCAGAAUCAUUUUUGACACUGAUCAUAUCGAAGACGAAAUCCCUGUCUGCCGUCAGAUACAAUCUUAUAUAGAGCAAGCCUAUGCCACUCGUCCUGAUAGAAUACGUGAUUGGCUUGCUAUCCCUAAGCCCAAUGGUUAUCAAGCUCUACACGUUACUGUUAUGCUUCCUGACGCUCAGCAGGUAGAGGUGCAGAUCCGUAGCCGAAGAAUGCACGACAUAGCAGAACUAGGUGUCGCAGCCCAUUGGCGUUAUAAAGAGCGUGUAGAAGGGACUGAGAAUCUUAUCUUAGAUCAGCUUUUGGCACAAAUCAGAGAUAUUCUAGAGUUCCCAGACACAAGUGCAAUGGAACUGCUGAAUAACUUCAAGUCAAGCCUCUAUGCCAAUGACAUCUUCGUCUUUACCCCUCGUGGCGAUAUGUAUCGUUUGCCAAUGGGUGCUACGGUCUUAGACUUUGCUUAUGCAAUCCAUAGCAAGCUUGGAGACGAAUGUCUAGGUGCUAACAUUGACCAUAAGCCCAAGGCAAUCAAUCAUAUCUUAGAACGAGGCGACCGCAUUGAGAUCCUUAGUAUUGAAGAUGAAGUUCAAUGUAAACCUCAUUGGCUUGAUAUAGUCGUUACACCUAAAGCAAAGGUGGCCAUAAGAAGCACGCUGAGACGUGAGCAGAAAAAGUUGCGUAGCUCUGGGCAGGAGGAAUUAGAGGCUAUCUUUAAGGAGUUUGACCUAAAUCCUACACAAGGUUUAAUAGAUAAUUUGCUCAAUUUCUAUGCUCUGAAGAGCCAAGAUGAACUAUAUGUUAGUAUAGCCUUAAACGAGAUAAAGCUUAAGCAGGAUAUUAGUAAGAUAGAGACCGCUGUGGCUCAACAAGGUCGCACUUUUGACAUUAAAGAAAUCGUUAAUUACAUUGUAGGUAGUAAGAAAACAGAGAAGGUUACACCUCAAGAAAGUCUUCAACCACUUAUUGAUCAAAAAGAGACCUUUAUACUCCAAGCCCAAGAUAAGGGCAAGAGUUAUGUCCUAGCUAGCUGUUGUAAACCAAUCGUUGGCGAUGAGAUCGUAGGCAGAAUCAAAGCUGAUAAUCAAGUAUGCGUCCAUCGUAGUUCUUGUCCUAGAGCAAUGGAGCUUAAAAGUGUACAGGGAGAUAAGAUUGUUGCGACUGCCUGGGCAGAUACAAUGAACAAAGCUCUACCAUCAAGUAUCUUCAUCAGUGGUGUAGAUGCUAAGGGCUUACUCGUAGCAAUAUGCUCCACAAUUUCGGAUCGCUUCAGUAUAGAUAUUAGAGAUGUGAAUGUAACGGCAAGCAAAGGCAUCUUUGAAGCUUAUUUUGAACUUAGUAUCCAAAAUGUAAGUCAGCUUGAGAAGCUCUGCUCAGCCCUUAAGGAAUUGGAUAAUGUAAUUUCUGCAAAACGUAUUGAGCUGUAA